AUGACCGAAUAUGCAUUAGGUGCUCUAGCAGCUUGUGGGGCAGGCUUUUUCACGAAUCCAAUAGAGGUUGUAAAGACGCGUUUGCAACUUCAAGGUGAAUUACAAGCUCGUGGAUUGUAUCAACGACAUUAUCGAAACCCUAUACAAGCCUUUUUUGCUAUUGCUAAAACAGAUGGAAUAUUAGGCUUACAAAAAGGAUUAGGGCCUGCUUUAGUCUAUCAAUGUACUAUGAACGGCAUACGGUUGGGAAGUUUUCAAGUAAUAUUAAACAGUGGCUUAACAAAGGAUAAAAAUGGUAAUCAAAAUGCUUUAAAAUGUGUGUUAGCUGGUUGUUUCGCUGGCAUGUGUGGUGCUUUCGUUGGUAGCCCUAUUUAUAUGGUUAAAACGCAUUUACAAGCACAAAGUACUAGCUCUAUAGCUGUAGGAUAUCAACAUCAUCACAAUAGUUCUUAUCAAGCAUUAAGGGAAAUUUAUUUAAAGUUUGGAAUUCGAGGAUUAUGGCGAGGGGCAAGCGGCGCCGUUUUACGUACCAUGGUAGGUUCUGGCAUUCAAUUGAGCACUUUUACACUUAUCCGAGAUAAAAUUGCUGGUUUAAAUCUGUGGCCCAGCGGCUCAGUAUGCGUACCCAUAAGCGCAAGUUUUGUUAGUGGCAUAAUGAUCUCGAUAUGUAUGACUCCUUUUGAUGUCGUCAGUACGCGGUUAUUUAAUCAAGGUGUUGACAGUACUGGACGCGGCCAACAUUAUACUGGUGUUUUAGAUUGUUUUAUGAAGAUAUUGCGAAAAGAAGGUGUCCCUGGAUUAUUUAAAGGCUUAACAGCUUCCUAUUUACGACUUGGACCUCAUACAGCUUUAUCAUUAGUCUUUUGGGAUCGUUUACGUCGGCUUUAUUAUGGCAAUAAUAACAAGUGA